AUGGCAUCAAACCUGGAGAUGCAAUACAACGUCACCUAUAACUUCACGGGGACGUGGCAUUAUAGACAGAUGAACGACUGGAAUUCGAACGAUGAGUUCUUCAAAUUCACCCGUGGUCGCUUUGUCGUGGAGGAAGCCGAGAAUCUUCGAAGACGAGAGAUCAGGUUUGACAUGAACAGGCUUGCGCAAGUUGCGGCAGACUCGAUCGGCGCUGCUCAGUGUAUUUCUGUCAAGAAAUACCCCGAUGGCAUGUUUAGCAAAGCGUUCCUCUUGUCCAUGGACGAUGGUAGAGAUGUCGUAGCUAAGGUGCCUAAUCCGAACGCCGGCCUUGCGCACUUUACCACGGCAAGUGAAGUUGCCACGAUGGAAUUCGCAAAGUCGCACCCGGUUGGGGCAGAAUUCAUCAUCAUGGACAAAGCUGAGGGUGUUCCACUUUCUCAGGUGUGGGGAACGUUGCCGCUAUCCCAGAAACUCCAGGUCAUUCUGGCCGUAACGCGCCUCCAGAAGCGAUGGUUACGUGUUUCAUUCUCGAGUUACGGUAGCUUAUACUACACCGGAGACGUGAAUUCACCAUCGGGAAAUCACUACAUUAAGAAUGGCGAAGCUGUCAAGUAUUCAGGGUUUGUCGUUGGUCCGUCUACAGGCCGGGACUGGAUUGAUGCCGGCCGAUCAAGUUUGGAUAUCGACCGAGGUCCAUGGCAAUCCAUGACACAGUAUCUACAAGCAGUCGGAAUGCGGGAGACGAAAGCGGUCGAGUACUUGAAACCUCCAAAACAGAUUGCACUGCUCUGUGGCCCUCAUCUCUACCGACCAGACAUGCAAAGGAAGCUCACUUCUUUGGCCUGGUACCAACAAAUCAUUGAUGCUCUCGUACCAAGGGACACUACUAUCGAAAUGCCGUGUCUUUGGCAUGAUGAUUUGCAUGAUGACAACAUGUAUGUGGAUCCGCAUAACCCCGAAAAGAUCACGGCUAUUAUCGACUGGCAGUCUUGUCAUAUCUCUCCCCUCUUCAACCACAGUCCCGAUCCGGCCUUCCUCGCCUGGGAUGGCCUUGAGCCCGAGACGCUCAGUCUCGCCCCAAGACCAAAGCUUUCAGAGCUUUCUCCUGAAGAACGAUCGGCAGCUGUGCGCGACUAUGCCCACCAAAACAUAUUUAUCGCAUGGAGAAAGCUCAUGCAUGCCAAAAACCCAGAUCUGUAUCGAGCAGUUGACUUUCGAAAGACUGCAGCAUACGGUCUGAUAUUUCUUGCCCACCGCAUGUUCAAAUACGGUGAUGCGCACUUCCAAUCACUUUUCGUCGACCUGAAGGACACAUGGGCUGAAUUACCUGCCGUCAGCGGCAAUAACCCGUUCCCGUUCGACUUUUCUAAAGCAGAUGUAGAGCGUAUUAAGCUGGAUAGUGAGAGCGCAGUAGCAGGGGCAGAGCUUGUUGAUAAGCUCAAGGAGGGAAUGGGUGAUUUGUGGCCAGAUAAAGGCUUCAUCGAGCAUGAACUGUACGAUGAGUGCAAAGCUGCCCUCCAUGAUGCCAAAGUCCAGAUCUCGAGGCAAUUGGCUAAGACUGAGGAGGAACAGGCUGAAUAUGACCGCAAUUGGCCAUUCGAAUGA